ACGGAUGCCAAUUACACAUUCGUACAUUGUGGCCUUGGCAUGACCGCCGCCGCCGCCUAUCCGUUCGUUUGUGUGUCUGUCUGUCUGUCUUCACAUCUAUCUAUUCCUUGCAUGUACGGCGAGGGCCUAACGGUGACGGCCCUCUCAACACCAACGCCAUCGUCUGCUGCCAUCAAGCUUUGACCUUGAAAACAGUCGCCGUUCGACCAUGGCCGCCAGAGCCCGAGCCGCCCGCGGUCAGAUAUCGAGUAGCGCCACCGUGCUAACUCUAUCUUGCGUACCCUGAACACAAUACCGCACUGCAGGGGGCAGCAAAUCUACACCACCAUGACUCUGGCAGUAGUCAACACAAGCGGCGACCCAGGUGGGCUAUCCAAACCAAGAAUGCCAUCAUCGCCUGCAGUCCCGCACUUGAUAUCCGUCGACUUCUGCCAUGCACCUCCCGCCUCAACGGCGAAACCGUGUCCUGCAUCUAUCCAAGUCAUUCGAAUGCCCAAAGACAAAGACUAUUAGUCAGGUUGCCGCGAGCCCAUGCUAUAACAAACAAAUGGCUACAGUAAACUUGCCAGCAGUUCUUUCUUUGUUCACUUCUGCGCGGCGAAUGCCAUCAUUCCUUCAACUCAACCGAACAGACGAUGCUCCUGUUACACCGGCGGCAGCAGUUGGCACUGGCUACCUACAGGCUGAAAGGACGGGUACCUCGGCAGGGUGCAACCUAACGUUACAUGGCAUGGACGUCGUGGAAUCCUUCGAUAGGCCCCCUUCCGUAUUCACGAAGCUUGUUCCACGACUCGAAUCCCCUAGUGGCGGGCUCCCACCUAUGGAGCGAGCCAGUUCUUUCCUUCCUCCGACUUCGCAAACAUCGCCGUCCACAAACAAGCCCGCAAAGGUAUGCAACUAUGCUUCUUUUGCAAAAUCUCAUCCACUACAGAAGUGCUAUCGGCCAGCCUGAAC